AUGGGUCACUUGAGGGGCGAUGUCGAGACCACCAAGGCGGAGACGUUGCCGAGGCAUCAAUAUCGCGAUGCCUCCCUGCCAGCAUGGAGAUUUUGGUUACUGAGUGUCGGACUUUGCCUUGGCCUUUUUCUGUCCAUGUUGGACUCUUCUAUUGUUGCCACGAGUCUGUAUACGAUCGGCGCAGAAUUUGAAUCCAUGGGUCUCAUCAACUGGGUCGCGUUGGCUUACACGCUCACCUAUCUGAGUUGUGCAGUACUGUUUGCUCGAGUCUCCGAUGUUGUCGGGCGCCGUAAUGCUUUCUUGGCAAGCUUCGUCAUCUUCUUCUGCUUCUCCCUUGGCUGCGGCUUUUCUCAGAACCUUGAGCAGUUGAUCGCAUGCCGCGCACUACAAGGCCUAGGCGGCUCUGGUUUAUACUCCAUUACUAUGAUCAUAUUCCCAGAGGUUAGCCCGAAGCAUCUGCGCCAGCAUAUCGCCAGCCUCGUAGGAAUGGUGAUCGCUAGUGCUGGUGUUCUUGGACCCGUACUUGGCGGCAUCUUAACGCAUUACACCUCUUGGCGAUGGAUUUUCUGGAUCAAUGGUCCAGUUGGAUUUGUAUCCAUGGUCGUUUUCUACUUGACUUGGCCCCAGGCUAAGCACCUGCCAAGUUUGCAACGUCGAACUUGGAAAGAACUAGACUUUGUUGGGUCCUUCCUCCUCGUGGCUGGCUCCGUGCUCGUUGUCUUCUCGUUUCAAAACGUUGGCUCGGAUGGAGACAAGUGGCACCGGGCUAUUUUCAUAGUCCCAGUCACUGUAGGCGUCCUCUCCUUCAUUGCCUUGGUGGGCUGGGAGACACUUGUAGCUCGGUUCUGGGACAAGCGCGUUAUGGCGACAAUUCCGAUUCGACUGCUAAGAAACCACGUGUACGUCGCUGCUAUGCUGCACACUAUGUUUUUGGGAUUUCCGUACCUGCUUGUUGUCUACGCCUUCCCUGUUCACCUACAGAUCGUCAACAACAAAAGCUCCUUGCUCGCCGGCAUACUUCUCCUGCCGAUGCUAGGAUCCGUCGCUCUAGGCAGUACUCUUGGCGGCCUGGUGAGCAAGAACAGAAACCUUCUCUUUGAGACUCUGUUCACCGCAAGUUGUUUCAUGACGCUGGGGUGCGGACUGUUAACAACAUUAUCACCGUCGGUCGAGCUGGAGCCGAAGGCACUAGGCUUUUUAACCCUGAUCGGCUUCGGAUUUGGAUUGUCAGCAACGUCGGCCACUAUCCUUGGCACAACAGAAUCCGAGAUUCCGGACCAUGCUGCAGCCCAGGGAAUCAUCGCACAAGUCCGUAUUCUCGGCGGUAGUCUAGGAAUUGCGGCGUCGACGGCGAUCUUAGGUACUCAUAUGAGAGAAGAGCUGGCAGGAGUCUUAGGACCAGACCAGUUGUCAACGAUAACUGGAGCGGGGACGAGCCUGACGGAGGCGCAAGCUAUGGCUGUCCGACAGGUGUACGCAGACUCAUUCCAACAAGACAUGAAGGUUGGCGCCAUCUUAUCAGGCGUGGCAAUACUGAUCAGCUUGGGAGCCUAUCGCCGAAAUCGGAUUUCGAUCGAAGAGCAGCGACAACUGCACAUCAAGACAGAGAUGGAGAGGAGAAGAAGGGCGUCGGCAGCGACGACGCUCGUGUCUUCAACAGAUUGA